AAAUAACACUUUUGACAAUUAUGACGUCGCUGUAUCUUUAGGACCCAUGUGUUACCCGUGGUGCCUUAUCAAAAGUACUUAAAAAAUUAUAUAUACCAUCACAUUUAAAAAAUAUAUAUUAUACUUUUAAUUUUAAACAUGGGUGAAAUAAACGUUCUCAUUUACUUCCAACAGAACGAGAAACACAAAUACUUUGCGUACGUGCAAUUGACAGGACGCCACGGGACCUUCGGUAGAACGACAGCGGCAUUCAAAUUUCAAAACAAACUCGAGGGUUUUAUUGCUGUUUUGUUUUGGCAUGUUGAAUGCUUAGGCUGGCUUAGAUUUGAACUGGUUAGCUGUUACGAUAAACACCCAAAUCAUCAUCCGAAACAAAACGCGCAAUGGACGCCGACGAAAAACCUGACUCUGGCACAAAUGAGAAAAGUAUAGAAGUUCCAAAACCGCCUUCAAUUGAGGACUUCGUCGUUUUGAAGCCCAUCAGCCGCGGUGCUUUUGGCAAGGUUUACCUCGCACGGAAGAAGUGCAAUUCGCGUUUAUACGCCAUUAAGGUGAUGAAGAAAGCAGAUAUGGUUGAUAAAAAUAUGACAGGGCAGAUGAAGGCAGAGAGAGACGCAUUGGCUCUGAGCAAAAGUCCAUUCGUCGUUCACCUUUUUUACUCACUUCAAACAGCCUCCAAAAUCUACCUGGUAAUGGAAUAUCUCAUUGGUGGAGAUGUCAAAUCGCUUCUACACAUCUACGGAUAUUUUGAUCAGGAUAUGUCCCUAAAAUAUAUCUCUGAGGUUGCUCUAGCUUUAGACUACCUUCAUCGCCAUGGUAUCAUCCACAGGGACUUAAAGCCGGACAACAUGCUGAUAUCCAAUGAAGGACAUAUCAAGCUAACAGACUUUGGCCUUUCUAAAGUCAAGCUUGACAGAGAGCUUAGUCUCACGGACAUCCUCACCACUCCCUCUUUGGCAAAACCAAACAAAGAUUACUUCCGAACACCAGGACAAGUUCUCUCUUUAAUCAGCUCCCUUGGUUUUAACACCCCUGUUGGGGAGGGCAAGCGUCACUGCAGUGCAUCAGCUGUGUCCAGUCCUGUGACCUGUGGCAAAAGAAAACAGAAAAACAAUUCUCUUGGUUCUCCGAUUAUGAAGAGGAAAGAUGACACAUGCUCUCCAGGACAAAAUCCUUGGAGACUCAGACAUAACAAAAGUGCAUUCAGUCCUCACAAGCUGGCUAAAAAUCUGACACCUUCACUGCUGAAGACCAGGAGCAGGUUUGAGACCAUAAGUGUGGGGAGCACCAUAGACACAGAAGGUGGCAUCAGCCCACUGUGGGAGUGUGAGGAGAAAGAAAAUGAACAGAAAAAGAACAGUAAUACUGAAACCCCUGGGCCUAAACAGGAAAACAACACAAAACCUAAUUCUCCACAGAAGGAUAACAUCACCCCAUCAGUAAAAGACGGUCAUAAAACUGUAAAGAGAAAUUUUUCAGAUAUAGACAGGAGUCCAGACAUGUUAGAAACCCAAGCCAAGAAGAGCAACGCAGAGUACAAAAGAUGUUUUGAGAUUCCGGCGAGCCACACCGGCCUGACGGGAACAUUUUCCACCAUCCAGUUGGGCAACUUCAUGGCGUCCACUCAAGGGACGGGCUUGGAUGAAACUCGCCUUCCGAAGCGCUCCAGUCCCAUCGACGUGACAAAAACGCUUUUCUGUGAGCUGGAGGAGCCGGCGGAAGACGUCUUUGAAGAAGAAUCCAAAAACAUCUCACAGUUGAGCUUUACGUCGCCUCUCGCUCAGAGCCUAAAUCUGGACUCCGAUGGGUCCGUGCAUGAAACCUCCCUCACCAUCGACAGCAAGGCCUCUUUUAAACUAAACAAGUGCCCCGACAUAAAACAGUCACCUGAGCCUCAACAGGAUGUCAGAGACUCCAUGAUGGAAUCACUCUCACAAACGCCCUCUGCUGGUAAUGCAGCCAAAUUAGGAUUUUCUGCCCACAGAGUGGGACCUCCCUGUCCUUUCCUCAGCCCACUUCCUGAUUUCAUCCGUGCUGCACAAUCUCCCUCUGACCCCAAGCCCAGGAAUGUGGUCGUUUUCCGCAGUUAUUGCAGCUCCAUCAACCGCUCCAACAUGUCGGGGGUUUCCCGUCUGAGCAUCGGCUCCGUGGAUGCCAUGGACACGUCGUCGGCUUCAGCCUUGCAUCAUUCCCUGUGCCAUUCUGUCACGCCAGUGCAGAAAAGAGUCAAGUCCAGCAGUUCUGCCUGCCAGACACCUCAGCCAAUGUCAACGUCCCAGACUCCGUUCAGAACUCCUAAGAGUGUCAGACGAGGCCCCCUGCCUUUGGAAGGGGCCCCUAUUCUGGGCACCCCUGACUAUUUGGCCCCAGAGCUGCUCCUGGGAAAACCGCACGUUUCAGGCAUCACUCACUGUGACUUCAUGGUGGACUGGUGGGCUCUGGGUGUCUGUCUUUUCGAGUUCCUCACUGGCGUUCCGCCAUUUAACGACGAGACGCCACAGCUGGUCUUCCAGAACAUUCUCAACAGAGAUAUCCCGUGGCCCGAGGGGGAGGAGGAACUGUCGGAAGAUGCCAGAAAUGCCAUCGAAAGUCUGCUGACGAUGGACAUGACCAGACGGGCCGGUCUCAAAGAACUGAAGAACCACACCCUGUUCGAGGGCCUGGACUGGGACGACCUGCAGAACCAGCCGAUGCCGUUCAUACCUCAGCCCGAAGACGAGACGGACACGUCGUACUUUGAGGCCAGAAACCAGGCUCAGCACAUCGCAGUGUCAGGCUUCAGUUUAUAGAGGUAACACAGACACCACAGUAUCAGAGACGGAAUCUGGAACAUUUACCUUCACUGUAGUAUUUACUCAAGUUUCUUCAGCUUCUGACACCAGGCUCAUAUUUGCUUUUAAAUACCUGUGUUUGUGUGUUCAUUAAUCAUCAAAUAUUUAUGUCUGUAUAUAUGUGUAAAAGUCGCACUUUUCUGCAUCAUCAUGCUGAUAACUAGUCGUUUUUAUUGCACUGCAUUUUUUGGACUGAGUGGACGGGGCCUCAUGACAAAUAUUAACUAAUUUUAAAAAACUCUAUCCCAUAAUACACUAUAUUUAUGCCAAUAAUGAGGUUUGCGGUUUUUUAUGGCGUUAAUGCCACUGAGUGCCGUUUAAGACGGUGUCGUUGCACACUGUGUGACCGUUUUUGCUGCUUUUAUGU